ACGUUUGCUUUUGCACUGUGCCUAGAUAAGACUUGUGCAUCCAGCUAUGGUGGCAGGCUUGAAGCUCCCCAGCCGCCAGAGGAGGACAGUGCUGGUUAACGGCUGCCUUACGCCUCGCCAGGGUUAGAACAGAGAGGCGUCCCGCAUGACUGCCAGCUGUGGAGGGUCUGUUGCUUGGAUCAACUAACAUCACGUUAGCAUUCGGCUAGCGAGUUUGUGACCUAACAAUGAAGCUGGCUGGUAAAUGUUCUAAUGUCAUGUUGGUGUUCGAAAGCUGUUCUUCACUGAACACUGGUUCCGUUUGCGGCCCGACGCGCUGCGAUUAGAGGGGGACUAGAAUGACUUUACUGCAACCUUGAAGAGCUAAGGCGGAACGUCGGCUUGCAUUGUUUUUUUCUAAUUGUGGGCUAUGCGGUUAAUGCAGAGCUUAGCUGCUUUGCCGGCUAACUUCGAGUUUUUUGCUUCUCAGUUUAUCUAACGUGUUUGAAAUGGACAAAAAUGAUGGCUAUAACGAGUUAAUGAGCUGCUAGAAGGCCAUAGCGACAAUGGAAUCUUUCUUGCAGAUUGCUCCCCAUUCUCUGGCUAUAGUGCUGGCCAGAGAUGGAGACGCCGAGGCAUUAGCUGCAGCUGGUGUGUCAGAGAGCGACGAGCUUCCGAGACACCACACUGGUUAUGAGAUUUUUGCCGAUUUCAAAGCAGAAAACUCUCAGCAGCAUAUAUGGAACCAGCGGAUUACCGAGGCUGUGUCGGAGACCUUCUUCCUGGGAUGGAUAGAUGAACACGUGCUACUGAUUCAAGGAAAAGAGGACCAUCUCGAGGUGCUAAGAGAAGGAUGGAUGCGGAGAUCUCUUAACCCUCCUCGGGGUUUCACCAUCAGAUGCUUAGGUGAUGUCUCUCCCAUCAGUAUGUCCCCUAUCAGCCAGUCACAGUUCAUCCCCCUGGGAGAAGUUUUACUAUUGGCUGUAUCUGCUAUGAACUCCGCCCACAAGUCUGUCACUCAUGAGGCUCUAACAGAACACCUGCAGACAUGUUUCCCAGGUGUUCCGACGCCAACAGAAGAAGCCCUGCACCACACACUUAGCUUACUGGUCCGGGAGCGUAAAAUCUACCCAACCCCGGAUGGAUAUUUCAUCGCAACUCCUCAAACCUACUACAUCACUCCAAGUCUUAUUCGAACUAGCUCAAAGUGGUACCACUUAGAUGAGCGAUCGUCUGACAGAUACCAACAUCAGAAACAACAGCAGCAUCAGCAAACUCAAUGCAUCCCUCCUCUCUCUGGCACCAUAACACUUUCUAAUUCAGGGGGAUUUCUAGAUUGCACAAACGCAAAGUCCAGCCAAAGCCACUGUGCAAGAGUCGAUGAUUUUUUUUACAACAGUAGUUAUCGUGCUGAUGAUCCACCCAGCCACAACACUACACUGCAGCGUCGGUCUCCAAAAGAACACAGAGACGCAACGUCAUCACAAUAUUCCCCACAAACAAUUUCUCAGCAAGCAGCUGGCAACUCAGAAAAGAACCGUAGCUCCCUGGGAUUCCCGUUCAAAACGGACACCCUCAUCAAGCACAGAGGAGGGUCUGUUGGAGGAGGAGGAAAUGGCGACCUAGACAAACAAACGUUAGGCAGUGCUACAAGUGGAAAAAAGUUUGGUUUAAGGUUGUUCCGUCUGAGUUUUAAGAAAGAUAAGGCCAAGCACUUGGCUACCUUCUCUGCACAGUUUCCCCCUGAGGAGUGGCCACUUCAUGAUGAAGAGGAGCCCAACCACUUGCCCCGUCACGUUGAAAUGGAGAUUAUACGUAGAAUCAACCCCGACCUUACUGUGGAAAAUCUGGCCCAACAUACAGCAGUCAUGAAGAGACUUGAAGAAGAACGCACUCAGAGGAGCAAAACUUCAUCAGUUAAUCAAAGCUCCAGAAGUAGAAGAAGUGGGGGUAGGCGCAGGAAGCAAUGUCAAUCCAAACCUAGCCGCUCACACAGCAAGACUAGGGCAUUCCACUUUGAAACAACUGAUGGUACCCAUUUAGAGCUGGCUGACAAAGAUUAUAGAGGUUAUUCAUCCUCACUGGCUCGGUCACCAAGAGAACAAGCCCUGGCCAGGGAGCGUCAAAGAGCUCGACAUCACCUUGCGCACAGCAUUCCCAAUAUUCUUGACUCAUCUCAUUUGCCUGUCACUCCAGAGUGGGAUGUAUCUGGGGAGCUUGCCAAGCGCCGCAUGGAAAUGCCCUUCCCCGAGCCAAGCCAUGGUCUAUCAACUCAUCAUUCCAAAGUCCACCGCUCACACUCCCACACCCAGGAAAGGAAGUCAAGGAAUGAACGCAGUGGCAAGGUUAAGGAACGUUCUAGAUCUAUGGACAAUUCUAAAGGGCCGGUUGAUGCUGGAUUGAUUGGACCUCCACCUGAUUAUUAUGAUGACCGCAGUCGUUAUUUUACUGAUGAUGGCAGUCUACGAGCUAAUCAGAGCUCAUGUCACUACACUCGUGCCACACCACCUUCAUCUAAGGUUCCAGAAGAUUCCCUUGGUUUGGAUGGUGCCAGAAACUUUGAGAAGAGUAAGAGCAGGGACAGUUUGCCAGUGUACUCACUCAAACCUCUACCUGCCUCCAACCCCCCUGAUGAUUAUUUCCAGUGCACUGGUAAAUCUGAAGUUGCUUAUACAGCAAAAAUUAUACUAGGAACUCAAGACAAACACAGCCACUGUGGAUUAAAAGCAAGCACUGCUGACAAGCAAACAAAAGGACAGACAAACAGCCCCUCAAAUGAGGACCUGUCAAAUGUAGGACCUAAAGGUGGAAGCCUACCUCCAAUACCUCUGUCUAUCCCAGACCCUGCAAUUUCAAAUGGGCGACUUCCCCACAGUGCCUCCUCUGGGCAGGAAAAACACAAGGAAGUUUUUAGUAAAGAUACACUCUUCAAGCCUCCUCCCAGCCUCUCUUUGCCUGGCUAUAGCUCCUUGAGAAAACCCACAGUUCCUGCCUCAAUUACUCUUUCUUCAUCCUGUGAUGCCCUUGAUUCCCACAACAGAAUCGAUGCUUCCAAACAACUUCUAGCAACAUCAAUUGUUCCCACACAGGGGAUGGAACCCACAUCCAAUGCUGCAGAGAGCUCUCUUGACUACUAUAAUGUCUCAGAUGACGAUGAUGAACUUGAAGAUGGAGGAACUAAAGGUCAAAAAGGAAGAGAAAAACCUAAAGGAAGUGUUUCUGAGGUGGAAGGAUGUGGAAUAGGGACCUUGCAGUGGCUGUUGGAGAGAGAGAAGGCAAGAGAUUUACAAAUGAGGUUUGAAAGUACUCUUGCUUUUUCUGGUGCUAAGGAAAACCAUUCAGAACCCCAUCAGACCCAGCAUUCAGUCCACUCCGCAAGACUUGACAGUAUGGACUCUAGCUCCGUCACAGUUGACAGUGGAUUCAAUUCACCACGAACAAGGGAGAGCUUAGCAUCAAACACCUCUUCAAUAGUGGAAAGUAACAGACGUCAAAACUUAGCCCUGAGUCCUGGACACCUCAGCACCACAAAUGGCAGUGGUCCCCCUUUUUCUUUCCGUGCCAUUUCAGAAUCUGCCACCACUCAACAGGAGAAACUACCGAAGCCCACUACCUGCCUUGCGUCAAUCACCAGUGUGUAGUAUCAGAACUAAGGACUGAGUGAAGCACAAAGUCAGUGAAAAUGGACAGAAAAUCCAAGUCCCGCUGCACAGACUGUUACACCCUUAAACUGACAUUCUGAAUUAUUGGAGCUUUGACAGAUCAAUUGUAAAAAAAUAAUUCCAUAGGUUCUGUCUCUUUCUUACAGUUAUAAAAACAUGCAGGCAUCAACAAACAUAUGCACACACUAACCCUAACUGGAUCCAGUCUCCAGCCUGCAUUUUACACACUAUUGCUCUAGCAUUUUUUUAAUCAUAUAUAUUUUUCUUGAGGUGUGUAUGUGUGUCAAUAGUAUUAUCUGUAAUCUCAGGUUUUGUUAUUUCCAGUCUCAUUCCUGUUUCCCCAGAUCCGUGUAUCUCAUUUUAAUGGUGCUACACAAAUGAGAGCUGCAGCUCUACUGAUAACUGUUACUGAUGCAUCCUAUCCAUUACUCAGCUUUUUUAGCUCUAGUGUCACAUUUGCAGAGACCCUUUAAGGCAAGACAUAGCAGAAAAAAAACAUUUUUCACAUAUUGUUGUAUUUUGUGGUAUUUUGUUAACAUGCACAGGUCCUAUUUCAGAAUUUUGUAUAAAUCCAACACCUGACCUGUCUUUGACUAAAGAAAAUAACCAGUCAUUUCUAAAAUGGUCUGGGUUUGAAAGUCAUGGGAAAUAAUUUCUACAGCUUUCCAUGACAUGACAUAUCUGUGGUCAUUUUGCUUUCAAAAGCCUAACUUUUUGGAUAGAGAAUGUUACGAUAAAGAAAAAAUGUUUACAGCUUCCAAUUUGGUGCUUCUUAAAAAACAAACAAGCCGCAUAUUAGAAAUUUGAUGCUAGAGUCCAAUGUGCUAGAAAAUGUGUAGAAUAGGUGCAUUAUCAUCAUACACAAAUGAUCAGUAAUCAGUAAAGAACAUUUUUUUCAGCACUUUAUGAUAUAUUAACUAUACAAACGUACAAUUAGGUAACACAAUAAUCAGGACAGUUAUACAAAUGUUUAGGCAGAGGUGGAGUCAGAUGAUUAAAAGGAAACAGUCUUUUAUUUUACUUUAAAGUAGCACUGAGUUAAAAAAUAGAUAUUAGAGAAUUAAAUGUACAGUGAUGACUGUAUGGUAUUUUAUCCUGUUUUGCUGCUACAACAAUGCUGAAUCUUGUGUGCUGUCAGAAGUGCCCUACUUUAGAAAAAUGUAAGACUUUCAUUUAUCUAUAUGAUCAACAUAACCCCAUUACAUAUUUGUCACCGUAAGGAUUUUUGUAAUGAUAAAUAAACCAACCUAGUUGAUGGA